AUGGGGACCUCGUCACCUCCAUUCCUUUAUGAUCGACCGGCCAAUUAUAGCUUCAAAGGCCCGACCGAUCGCGGGUUUAACCCGAGGGCCGCGACAGAGGCAAGCUGGACUCGACCAGCUGAAAAACCCCAGCCGAAGGGGCCCUUGGUGAAUUUCAAUCGCCACCCCGAUACAUGGGGUUCUUUUAAUACGGCCAGCUCAUUUACGCCGAUGAACCCAAGAACCAAGGAUCGGGUCAAAUAUGCACGGACAAUUCAAUUGGUUCUUCGCGUCCUCACCCUUUUGGGCGCCCUUGGUGCUUUAUUCUGCUCUAUUGUUAUCAAGGGAGCUGCGGCGACCGUCAUUUGGAUCAUACGUGCCGGCCCAAUUGUCGCAAUUCUCCACACGAUCUAUGGCAUUAUACACAAUUCUCGUUCCGUCGUCAACCGGCCCGCCGGCUCUCAAGCCAGCUAUGGUGUGUUCGCAUCAACUCUUGACUUUGGACUGAUCCCCUUUUAUGUGUUCACUGCAUACAUGUCAUACGGAGAAUGGACAUCGGAUGAAUACAAUUGGGGAACUCUUCUCAACAACAAAGACAUCACACCUACAAUUGCCGAGACUACGUUUAUCUUGGCUCUCGCAAAUGGCGCCUUACAUCUCAUCUCUCUCGGCAUAUCCAUCUUCUUGGCUGUAACUUUCCGCAAAAUCUCCCGAUUGCCGCCAGACAUGAACCCUCUCGAAGAUAACUUGACCGCACGCCCUCGCAAGGGCCGCCAGGGGGUUGACAAAGACGAGAAACACCUUAGCCAGUCGACCCUGAACUCCUAUUUCGAGGACCCGCUCAUUGGGUCUCCCCGCAGUGUGCCUUUCAUGCAUACACGCGAGCAGUCACUCGGUGGUGACUCCAACCGCGAGUCAAUGGCGAUGAUGGACGAGCAGCGCCAAUCUUACCCACCGGUUCUUCACCACCGCCUUUCCCACCUCGAAUCUCCUACGGAGCCCUCAAGUCCGGAAAUGCUCUUCAAUCACCCCGCAAACCAGCCGUUCGAUCUGACAUCAACAUCGCCAUCCCCCACUCCGGAAUAUCGAAACGUUGCAUCACACGCUCCAGAGAUUAUCAAUGCCACUGCUCAAAUGCGACAUGGUUCAUCUCGCACCGCUGACCGAUCUGACACCGUCAGCCCCUUGUCUGAUAAUUGGAUUGCGUACUCAGAAAGAUCAAUGUCACCCGAGACGCGGAAUAUGAAUGAGAACACCCUCCGCCAGUCAUCCUCUGUGUAUAGCCGCCAAACAGAGAAGACGACGACUUCAACUGGCAGCGGCAUUCGUGAUUGGUUUGCGUAUGGCACCAAGCCUGCACCCAGCAUCGGGAGUGCUAUCCCAGAAGAUGUUCGCGGAGAAUAUGCAUCGAUCGCAAUGCACGAGUAUUACGGUCUUGACGACAGGGAGUACGAGCAGGAUGUCGGUGACCAGCGCAUGGAUAUCUUCCCGGACCCGGAGGAGCACAACGAUGACUUUGUUGACGAUCGUAAUGACUCUAUCCCAUUCAAUCCUCUCAUGUUGAACCCUCCCACUCCCCAGCCCAUCUUGACUCAAACUUCCGAGAACACCGACCCUGUACGACGUGUUGCCCUUAACGACCACCCAAACCUUUCCUACAACGAAAAUACUCAACCCGUAUCUGUUCCGCAUGAGAGCCCUGACCCCUCCUCACCCAAGACUCGAUACUACGGUGAACUGGACGUGGAUGGCAAGCCUGGACUAGGACUGGAUCGGGAACCCAGUGUCCAAAUGGCACGCAAGCCGACCAAGUUGACAAAGAAGCAAAGCAAAAAGAUGUCUGCAUACGCUGCUUUGAAGAAAGAUGACAGUGGCGAUGAAGCCGGAUAUCUUUCCCCCAAGAUCCCCACAUCCCCUCGUGCCAUCGAGAGUGAUCGCAAAGGCCGUGUUGUGAGUAACACUGGUGCAGACACCGCAAGGCCUGGUAUUGCAGCUGGCGUUGGUGCCUCGUUGUCUUCCUACGGAAGCUACAUCGCCGGUCUAGGCGUUGGCCGUCGCCGUGAUGUGAGCGGAAAAGUUGCCGAGGAAGGGCGUGGUGCACCUGUUGAGGAGCCUAUUCAGAACCCGACUCCAGGUGCCUCGCCAACCCGCGCAGCGGGAUGGGCUCGCUUUGCAGGACUUUAG